UCGCCGAAGACUUUGCUGGCCGGCUCUUGAGCGGCGAUAUCCACCUCUUCCAUCAGCUCCCUCCUCCCGCCGACCUCGCACGGCCGCGACGCCAAGGUCUUCUCCGUCCGAGAGAUGAGCGCAACCACCGCCUGUCCCAAGACCCGGGCGUUCCAGCUCCGAGUCAACCCCCUCACCGGCGACUCCGAGUGGAUCGUCGUCGAGGAAGGAGGAGAUAGAGAGGAAUUGGAGGAGAAGACGUCCGAGAACCUGCUGGCGACCACGUCUUACCUCGAUAUGCUCAAUGAUUCCUAUCGGAAUUGGGCAUUCCGCGCAGCCAUCGAGAAGAGCAUCAAGAAGCCCUGCCACGUCGUUGACAUUGGAGCUGGAACUGGCCUAUUGUCAAUGAUGGCGGCAAGUACAAUGGCGAAAUUUGAAGAGGCCUCGGAGGCAAAGGUGUCAGCUUGUGAAUCUUACCUUCCCAUGGGGAAGCUGAUGCGGAAGGUGCUAUGGGAAAAUCAAAUGGAGAAGAAGGUAAAGGUCUUCCAUAAGCGAUCUGAUGAGCUCCUUGUUGGUGUUGACUUACAAUCACCUGCAGAAGUGUUGGUAAGUGAGAUACUAGAUUCAGAAUUGUUGGGAGAAGGACUAAUACCAACUCUGCAACAGGCUCAUGAUAUGUUACUCGCUAAAAAUCCACAGACAGUUCCAUAUCGUGCCACCACUUAUGGGCAGCUAGUUGAGAGCCCAUUCUUGUGGAAGCUGCAUGAUUUAUUUAGCAACGAAAUAAAUUUAUCAGAUGGGAUUCAUCUUACACCUGCUGGUUUGGAGAGGGUUAUUGGCAUAAAAAAACAGCAAUAUGCCAUGCACUGCACUGCAAUGUCAAGAGAGAUACGAUUGUUAUCAGAACCCUUCAAAAUAUUUGAAUUUGACUUUUGGAAGAAACCAGAGAGUCAUGGUGAAAUUGAAAUGUCGAUAAAAGCUAGCGGUGACGGAAAUGUUAUUGCUGUAAUUUCUUGGUGGGUGCUUCAGUUGGAUGAGGAGGGUUCAAUCUUCUACUCUACAGCUCCUAGAUGGACAAACUGUCCUGAUAAUGGAAUGGUAGAAAAUUGUAUCCCUGGUAAUGAGAAUUGGUGUGAUCACUGGAAGCAAUGUGUUUGGUUCAUUUCAGGGGCAGGACUGCCUGUUUCGAAGGAUAAACUUGUUCUCUUUAAAGCUGCUUAUGAUGAAAUUAAGAUUUCAUAUCAUCUUAAGUGUGAUGACCAAACAUGCUGUAACAACUUCAACUUUGGGAACUGUCUUUUAGAGCUUUCACCGGAAAGAGUUGCAGUUUAUGGAGAUAAAGAUUGGAGGUCGGGAUUUAUAAAUGCUAUGAGAAAUACAUUGAAUGUCAGAUCUGCUCCAUUGUGUAUUGUUGCUGAUGAUAGCGUGUUCUUGACAAUUCUUAUUUCAUCUCUCUCCAAAAAUGCAAAUACAAUAUCAAGUUUCCCUGGGAUUCAAGAAAAAGGUGCCCAGUAUCUGCGAGCCGUUGCUGAUUCAAAUGGUUUCUCUAUGGAUCGGGUGAAGGUCAUUGGAAAGAGGGCAUCAUAUUUGUUCACAGAUAAUCUUAUACAGCAAAAGGUUGAUUUUUUGGUGGGAGAGCCAUUUUACUAUGGAAAUGAAGGGGCGCUCCCAUGGCAGAAUCUGCGAUUUUGGAAGGAGAGGACACUACUCGACUCUAUUUUGUCUGAAGAUGCCGUCAUCAUGCCAUGCAAAGGAAUAUUAAAAGUUUGUGCUAUGUCACUUCCAGAUCUAUGGAGAAGUCGUUGCAGCCUCAAAAAGGUUGAAGGCUUUGAUCACUCGGUGGUAAAUAAGACUUUAGGGGCCUGUGGCGACUUGCCUCCAAUGCUGGAAGGUCCUUGCCUGCCUUAUUACAUUUGGCAGUGUGGUGAGGUUGAGGAACUCAGUGAGAUUCUUCCACUUGUUGAGUUCAAUUUCUUAGAACCCAUUCACGCAUGUUCCGGAAAAAUAAAGAUUGAGUUUUCCAAGUUGGGAAUAUGCCAUGGUUUUGCGCUUUGGAUCGAUUGGGUGUUGGACAAUAAAAAAACCCUUGUUGUGUCAACUGGACCAAUUAGCAGAUACUGGAAACAAGGAGUGAAGCUUCUGAGCAAGCCUCUUGCCGUCAAUGCAGCUGACUCUUUUGCUGGGAUAGAGGCGUUCUUCGAUCAUUCAUCUGGUGAAAUCUCCAUUUCAUCCUUCUCACCAUCUUGAUUUGGUUUCCCAGGGUGACCUUUUUGUACAUGACAUGUUCCUCUAUGUAGUUGCAGUUCUUUUGUCAGAUGUUUAGGGUUUUGUAAUCCUGAGUAAAUUAGAUUCUUUUACAAUGAAAACGUUGUACCUAUCCAUAUAUUUUGACUUAUUUUGGAAACAAAGAGGA